AUGUCGUUUAAUUAUAUCGUUACAGCUCAUAAACCGACAUCUGUUACAGCUUGCUCUUUGGGUAAUUUCACUUCAAAUAAUGAUUUGAACCUAAUUGUGGCAAAGAAUUCAAGACUUGAAAUUUUUUUAGUAACCCCUGAGGGCCUAAAGCCACUGAAAGAAAUUGGCAUAUAUGGAAGGAUAGCACUGUUGAAGUUAUUCAGACCUCAGAAUUCCCAGAGAGACCUCUUGUUUAUUCUCACCGCUCGGUACCAGGUUAUGAUAUUAGAAUGUGAGAAGAAUGAUUCAAAUUAUGAAAUCGUCACCAAGGCUUUUGGGAAUGUUCAAGAUCGAGUUGGUCGGGCUUCUGACCUGGGAAUCAUCGGAGCCAUCGACCCUUCUUGCAGGUACAUAGGACUGAGACUCUACGAUGGACUUUUCAAAGUUAUUCCCCUGGAGUAUGAUAUCAAAGAACUCAAGGCAUUCAACAUCAGGAUGGAGGAGCUGCACGUCGUUGAUUUCCAGUUUCUCUCUGGUUACAACGAGCCAACCAUGGCCAUGCUCUACCAGGAUGGACACGGUCGACACGUGAAGACCUACGAGAUUUCUGUUCGCGACAAAGAAUUUCUAAGAGGACCAUGGAAGCAAGAUAACGUUGAGACUGAAGCAAGUCUUCUCAUAUCCGUUCCAGAUCCGUACGGAGGGUUGUUGAUAGUCGGACAGGAGUCAGUUACGUACCACAAAGGGGAGAGUUACGUCGCCGUGUCGCCGCCACUCAUCAGACAAAGCAUGAUAACUUGUUACGGCAAAGUUGGGAUGGACGGCUUGAGGUAUUUGUUAGGCGAUAUGGAUGGUCGCAUUUUUAUGCUCCUGUUAGAAGUGGAGGCCUCAUCCAGCAGCAUCAGAGACAUCAAAGUGGAACUUCUUGGAGAGGCCUCCGUGCCAGAAUGCUUAACUUACUUGGAUAAUGGAGUUGUUUUCGUGGGAUCAAGACUUGGAGAUUCGCAGUUGAUAAAACUGAAUGCGUGUCGAAAUGAGCAUGGCCAUUACAUCCAAGUGUUGGAAUCCUUCACGAACCUGGGACCCAUCAUAGACAUGUGCGUUGUUGACCUCGAAAAACAGAACCAAGGACAGAUGGUCACCUGUUCGGGCGUGAACAAGGAAGGGUCACUGAGAGUCAUCAGGAAUGGCAUUGGACUGCACGAACUGGCGAGCAUCGAUCUGUCUGGCAUCAAAGGAAUAUUUGCUCUGAGAACUGGCACGUCGAAACAUUUGCACAAUGUGCUUGUUGUGUCAUUUGUUGCUCAAACAAGAGUUUUAAUGUUAAAUGGAGAAGAGUUGGAAGAAACUGAGUUAGACUGCAUAGAUCCAGAUCACCAAACAUUCGCAUGCUCCAAUGUUGCUUACGACCAAGUCAUUCAACAAACAUCCAAUUCCCUGAGACUCGGUCUGUGUGAAACGUCUGAACUGCUGAUGGAGUGGAAGCCUCCGAACGGGCUGCCCAUCAGUGUGGUUGGUCUGUCUUCCCAUCAGGUACUCUGUGCUACGGGCAGGGAUCUCUUUUACUUGGAAAUAUUGCCUAAGGAGAUGAAAGUUGUUGGGCAAUGCACCUUGGAGUAUGAGGUGGCUUGCAUAACGAUCCCUCUGUUCGAUGAAUCGACCACACACGGCACCAUCUGCAUCGUCGGUCUGUGGACCGAGGUUUCAAUAAAAAUUAUCAGCUUACCUCAUCUGAAGCUCAUCCACAACGAGUCUCUGGCUGGAGAAGUCUUGCCCCGUUCUAUACUGACGAUUACAUUUGAGAGCAUCACGUACCUGUUGUGUGCCCUGGGGGAUGGCACGUUGUUCUACUGGGUCUUCGCUCUCGACGACUUUUCACUGCAGUGCAAAAAGAAGGUGACCAUAGGAGCCCAGCCGACCACGUUGCAUCUCUUCAAAAGCAAGUCCACCACGAACAUAUUCGCAUGCUCCGACAGGCCUACUGUUAUUUAUUCAAGCAAUCAAAAGCUUGUUUUCUCCAAUGUGAACCUAAAGGAAGUGACCCACAUGUGCCCCCUCAACUCACAUGGAUACCCCGACUGCCUGGCUCUGACCAGCGAGAAUGCAUUGACCAUCGGUCUGAUUGACGACAUCCAGAAGCUGCACAUCAGGACCAUCCGACUCUACGAGACGCCGAGGCGUAUAGUACACCAGGAAGCUACUGAAACGUUUGGACUGGCAACCAGCAGAGUUGAUGUGCACAAUGAGAAUGGUGCUUAUGCUCCCAAGUACCCAUGCAUCAGCUACAAUGCACAGGCGCACCAGCAGGCUUCACUGUACAAGCAGCACCUGAUGUCGCAUGUCGACAGCGAGCCUGAAGAUCUUGAAGUCCACAGUUUCCUCAUCAUUGAUCAACACACAUUCGAAUUAUUGGCAUGUCACCAGUUGUCAGCCAGUGAGCACAUUACGGCCACGACAUCAGCAAAAUUCGGAGAUGAUCCAACUACAUACUACGUCAUAGCCUCGUGCAUUGUUAAUCCGGAAGAAAAAGAACCCAAGCAAGGAAAACUGAUGAUGAUGCAGUAUUAUGAAGGAAAAUUAAUAUUAGUGUCAGAGAAAGAAGUGAAAGGGGCAGUUUACUCCAUCUGUGAGUUCAAUGGCAAAUUGUUGGCAGCUGUAAAUAGUUCUAUACGUUUGUUCGAAUGGACAUCGGAGAAGGAGUUUCGCCAGGAAAGUAGCCAUCUCAACAACAUUUUAGCACUGUUCUUGAAAACAAAAGGUGACUUCAUCCUCGUCGGUGACAUCAUGAGGUCCAUCACUCUCCUCAUGUACAAACCGGUGGAAGGUGCCUUCGAAGAGAUCGCUCGAGAUUUCAACCCGAACUGGAUGACUGCGGUUGAGAUAUUAGACGAUGACACGUUCCUGGGAGCUGAGAAUGCCUACAACAUCUUCACCUGCCAGAAGGAUAGUGCGGCAACAACCGACGAAGACAGGCAGCAUCUUCAAGAAGUUGGACUUUUCCACCUCGGAGAUUAUGUAAAUGUUUUCAAACAUGGGUCGCUGGUAAUGAAUCAAACAGGGGAGUCAGGAUGCUCAACACACGGAUCUGUUCUUUUUGGAACGGUACAUGGAACUCUAGGUCUCAUAACCCAAUUAAAGCCAGAAUUUUUUUCUUUUUUGCUGGAACUUCAGCAAAAAUUGACCAAAGUUAUCAAGAGUAUUGGCAAGAUAGAACAUUCGAACUGGAGAUCAUUCAGAACAGAUCGUAGGGAUGAGGGAUGCAUUGGAUUUAUAGACGGAGAUCUUAUAGAAAGUUUUCUUGAUCUGAGCAGAGAUAAGAUGCAAGCCGUCUGCUCCGGUCUCACGAUUGACGAAGGCAGUGUUACAAAAAAAGAAGUUACUGUUGACGAUUUAAUAAAAAUUGUCGAAGAACUGACGAGAAUCCAUUAACUGCUAACUCGUUUUAAUUUAUUUUUAGCAUCAACUAUUAAUUCUUUUCAUUCAUAAUUUUGUGUAUCUAAACAAAAAAAAAAUCUGGUUGGCUUAAAUACGAAA